AUGGGGACAUCAGUGCAAGUGAAGCCACUGUGUGGAGUGUACAAUGAGAACCCACUUUCCUAUUUAGUCUCAGUCGACGGCUUCAAUUUCCUCAUUGAUUGCGGCUGGAACGACCACUUCGAUACCUCCCUGCUUCAACCUCUUUCCAGGGUAGCUUCAACUGUGGAUGCUGUCUUGCUAUCACAUCCCGACACACUUCAUUUGGGCGCUUUACCUUAUGCAAUGAAGCAACUUGGACUAUCUGCUCCGGUUUUUGCAACUGAACCUGUGUUCAGAUUGGGCCUUCUGACCAUGUACGAUCAAUAUCUAUCUAGGAAGCAAGUAUCAGAAUUCGAUUUGUUUACACUGGACGAUAUUGAUUCUGCAUUCCAAAAUAUUACCAGAUUGACCUACUCGCAGAAUUACCAUAUUCCUGGUAAAGGAGAAGGAAUAGUUAUUGCUCCCCAUGCUGCUGGUCAUCUCUUAGGAGGUACAGUUUGGAGGAUUACAAAAGAUGGGGAAGAUGUUAUAUAUGCCGUUGACUUCAAUCAUCGUAAAGAAAGGCAUUUGAAUGGAACUGUUUUAUUAUCUUUUCCCCGCCCUGCAGUUUUAAUUACAGACGCUUACAAUGCUCUAAAUAAUCAACCAUCAAGGCGUCAAAGGGACCAAGAAUUUUUAGAUGCCAUACUGAAGACAGUGAGAGCAGAUGGAAACGUAUUGCUACCUGUGGAUACUGCAGGUCGAGUGUUGGAGCUGAUUUUAAUACUCGAACAGUUCUGGGAACAGCACCAAUUAAUAUAUCCGAUCUUCUUCCUUACAUAUGUUGCGUCGAGUACAAUUGACUAUGCCAAGAGUUUUCUUGAGUGGAUGAGCGACUCAAUAGCAAAAUCCUUUGAGCACACACGCGACAAUGCAUUUCUGUUGAAACAUAUCACACUUUUGAUCAAUAACAGCGAGCUUGAAAAAGUUACAGGCCCAAAGAUUGUAUUAGCAUCCAUGGCAAGUUUAGAAGCUGGAUUUUCUCAUGAUAUAUUUGUUGAAUGGGCUGCCGAUACAAAGAACCUUGUACUUUUUACUGAGAGAGGCCAGUUUGCUACACUGGCACGAAUGCUUCAGUCAGAUCCUCCUCCUAGAGCUGUUAAAGUUACCAUGUCAAAGAGAAUUCCCUUGGUUGGAGAGGAGUUAGCUGCUUAUGAAGAAGAACAAAAUCGAAAAAGAGAGGAAGCUCUUAAAGCUACUCUGGUGAAAGAGGAGGAAUCCAAAGCAUCUCUUGGUGCUGAGCUUUCUGCAGGCGACCCAAUGGUUGUUGAUGCCAAAAUCACACAACCUUCUUCAAAUGCUGCUGGUUUGCAAUUUGGUGCUUACAGGGAUGUAUUGAUUGAUGGAUUUGUUCCGCCACCAUCUAGUGCGGGCCCAAUGUUCCCCUUCUAUGAGACUUCUGCCGAAUGGGAUGAUUUUGGUGAAAUUAUUAAUCUGGAAGACUAUACAAGGAACAAUGAAGACAUGGACCAUUCAUCCAUUCCAGCUGAAGAUGACCUCAAUGGGAAGCUUGAUGAAGGAUCUGCAAGUCUUAUACUGGAUACAACACCAUCAAAAGUAGUAUCUUCAGAGCAAACUGUCUAUGUCAAGUGUUCAUUGCUUUACAUGGAUUUUGAAGGCCGUUCUGAUGGCCGAUCGGUCAAAUCAAUUCUUGCCCAUGUUUCGCCCUUAAAACUUGUUUUGGUGCAUGGAUCAGCAGAAGCCACUGAGCAUUUGAAGCAACACUGUUUGAAAAAUGUUUGUCAGCAUGUAUAUACUCCUCAAAUUGAAGAAUCAAUUGAUGUCACUUCAGAUUUGUGUGCUUAUAAAGUUCAACUUUCUGAGAAAUUAAUGAGCAAUGUUCUGUUUAAGAAGCUUGGAGAUUAUGAAAUUGCCUGGGUUGAUGCUGAAGUAGGGGAGACAGAAAAUGGCACAUUUUCUCUACUUCCUCUUUCAACUCCAACUCCAACUCCACCACAUAAAACAGUACUGGUGGGUGAUAUAAAAAUGGCAGAUCUGAAGCAAUAUCUUGCAAGCAAAGGGGUCCAGGUAGAAUUUGCUGGCGGGGUCUUGCGCUGUGGAGAAUAUGUGACAUUGCGCAAAGUAGGAGAUUCCGUCCAAAAGGGUGGUAGUUCCGGUGUUCAGCAAAUCAUUCUUGAAGGCCCCUUAUCGGAAGAAUAUUACAAAAUACGGGACCAUCUGUAUGCACAAUUUUAUUCACUUUAG